CCAAAUGAGCAUAAACCGAAACUGUGUGAGUGCUCUUUAGGGUGUCGGCAAAGAAAUAGCACCUAUCGCAUUCGCUGUUGUAAAUUUAGCUAGAAUUAUAACCAAAAAAAUUAUUUUUCAUUUGAUACUUAAUUUUUAGAAUUCUAUGAAAUUUUCGAAGUGAUUUGCGAUUGAAUUUCGGUAUUAUUUCUCCAAUUAAAUGGCGAAACUUCAACCCGUUUGUUUCGAGUAAUCUCAUUGGUCGAGAUAGCUCUACUUUCCGGUUUUCGUUAGCUCGCCGGUUUGCGCACCAACGUUCGGCGCGGUAGAUGUGUUUUGCGCUCAGCUGUUGAGGUAUACGUUUGUGGAAUAUCUGUAACUGAACUGUGAUUUUUUCCUAUUAUGGCAACUAAAAUGAGUCGUCGAACUGUGAACAUAACUACAACUCAUCAAGCUCGUAGCCCUAGUCCUCACGUCACUACAAGUUCAGGAGAACAUCACAGGUCGAAUUUGAGCCCCACUCGUUUAACUAGGAUUCAGGAAAAGGUCGAAUUGCAAAAUUUAAAUGACCGGCUUGCGACAUACAUCGAUACUGUGCGUAGUUUGGAGCAAGAAAAUAGUCGCUUAAAUUCGCUUGUUCGUACUACCCAAGAAACUACCACCCGGGAGAUAACGAACGUCAAAAAUGUUUACGAAAAGGAGUUGGCUGACGUGCGUAAAGUUUUGGAUGAGACUGCCAAAGAAAAAGCAAAAUUACAACUGUCUGUGGAUAAGUGGAGAACUGAUGCGGAAGAUUUACGAAUUAGAUUGGCCAAAAAGGAAAAAGACCUUGCAAAUGCAGAAAAGCAGCUUAAGACAUCUGAGAUUUUGAACCAAGAUCUGCAGAGGAGAGUGAAUCAGCUGUCUGCUGAAAAUAGAAAAUUAGAAACUCAAGUGAGGGACCUUCAGGCUGAAAAUGAUAACUUAACUAAGCAAGUUAAUUCCUUGAAGAAAGAAUUAGAUGACGAAACAUUGACUAGAGUUGAUUUGGAAAAUCGGCUUCAGAGUGCAAAAGAAGAGUUGUCUUUUAAGGAAUCUAUUUAUCAACAAGAAAUUACUGAAACCAGACGCUUGAAAGAGACUGAAAUCACUGAGCUUAAUACUCAGCUGGCCGAGAAUUAUGAACAAAAGUUAGCAGAUACCUUGAGAGAAUUGAGAGAACAAUAUGAAACCCAAAUGCGCAUGAAUAAAGAUGAAAUUGAAACUAUCUAUGAAACUAAGAUAGCAGAUUUACAAAAGAAGUUGGAAAGGAGUGCAGAUUUCUCUUCUUCCUAUCGAGAUGAAUUGCGAACUCUGAAGAGCAAAGUGGAUAGUCUUAGUUCAAAGAAUGCAAACCUAGAGAAUACGAAUACAUCACUAUUAAAUCGAAUCAAAGAUUUGGAAAAAAUGUUAGAACAAGAGAGGGAGUGGCAUAGUGAAGCUUUGCAUGCAAAAGAUGAAGAGCUACGCAGCUUACGAGAUGAAAUAGAGCGUCAACUUUCUGAAUACCGAGACUUAUUGGAUAUAAAAGUAGCUCUAGAUUUAGAAAUAGCUGCCUACAGGAAACUUCUUGAAGGUGAAGAAACUAGACUUAACAUUAGUCCUGUAAGUUCCCGUGCCAGUAGUCCUCAGCCUUCCAGAUCCACACCACUGAGAUCGCACAAACGGCGGCGAAUUUUGACCGACUCAGAGAGAACAAGCUUAGGCACCCAAGUAUCAGCAAAAUCUUCUGGAGAUAUCGAUAUUUCUGACCAUGACUUGAAGGGGAAAUACGUAAAGAUUCACAAUAAAGGAAAACAGGAAAUUUCUCUAGGCAGCUGGCAGCUAGUGCAAAGAGGUGAAGGUACUGAGGUGACCUACAAGUUUCCUCGUGCUGCUGCAAUCAAGCCUAAUGCUACUGUUACGGUAUGGAGCUCAGAUAGUGGUACAACUCAUAGCCCACCUCAGAAUUUGGUAAUGAAGAAUCAGUCAUGGUGUUCUUCAUCUAAUCUCUUGACUAUUCUUUUGAAUAACAAUGGCGAAGAAGCUGCUUCCAGAGAAUCCCUCAAAGUGUCAGAACUUUCAGAAGUUCAGCACAUGGAAGAACACUGAGCGAGAAAACUACUGUGUAUUUGAAUACAUUUCUUACUGCUCUUAGUCAUUAAUAUCAGCAUUUGCAGUCUUAUUCCCAUCAAGAAUGAAAAGUCAUAUUUGGGAAAUUAAAUUAAUUUGGAAGUGCAUAUCUCAGGAAUAUGUAUACAUUCUUCCUGAAUUUCUAAAUUAAUGCAUAUCAGAGAUGAGCUGUUUGUGUGUUUAAUUUUGGUGUUAUUUAUUAAAAGCAUUUGAAUAUAUUAUAUGCUAAUCUUCUGCUCUAUAUACUAGCAGUUACUAAUCUGCCGUCCUAAUGAUUUAUUAUUUGUAGUUAGUUUAAGAUCAAAGAAAUAAAAGCAUUUAUGUAGCUUGCAAGCCUUUUUAUUUAGUGAAAUUGAGCAUAAUGCAAAAUAUAACCAUUAAGUGUUCUAUGUUUGUGAAUGUUACAUUGUCGAACAGUGUUUUUAUAAAAGUGUCAUUAUUGUGAUUUAUUUUUGUUUCAUAAUAAAAAUGAAGGAAGUUUUUUUUAAUGUUAAGAAGGAACUUGUGUAAGGAAGAAUAUGAAUUUAAAGGAUUAAAUUCACAAAAGUAUUUUAAAGUUUCUCAUAAAUAUAUUACUCUGUUAAGUGGAUAAUAAGUUUAAUUGUUCUAAAAUAUUUCUGUGCUAUAUUUAUGUGAUUUCAUGAGAAGUGUUAAUUUUAGAAUAAAUUUUAUGGAGCAUAAAUCAAAUCAAAAGUAUAUAAAUAUUCUUUAAGCAAUUUUAAAGUACUGAAUUCUCGUAGAAAGUUAAUUUCUGAAUUUAAAAUAAUUAAGUGCUUUGGGUAUAAAGUUCCAAAAAAAAAAUAUGUUUCAUCUUGUUACUUUAAAGUUAAUUUUUAUAGAUAUGAAUAAAUAUGCAUAGAAUAUUUUAAUUGAAAUAGUGCAGUCUGUUCAUAAAUUAAUCUAAUUGCCUUAAAAAUAUUAUGAAACUUGAAAGUGAUGAAAAAUUUGUUCAUAAGGUGUCUUCAAAUAUUUAAAACAAUAAGUGCACUUACAUAUGUUACUUUAUUUGAAGAAGAGAAAGAUUUACUUGUGUUGCUACUGCAUUAAUUUUUGGUUUCCUAAUUUUUCUGCAUUAUUAGAGCCCUUAGGAGCAUAUUGUGAAAGAAAUUUUUUCCUUGUAAUUAGCAUAAGGAUAUUUUAUAUUAUUCAAAGCAGUCUAUCUCCAUUAAUUUAUAUUUAUGCUACUUGUAGUUCUAGCUUCCGAAUUUAAUCAAGAACUUAUUGAAAUUAUUUAAAGAUAACUUGCUCAGAAUGAGUUUGGUAUAGGGUACAUAUAUAGAUGACUAAAUACAAUUUUUUUAUUAAUGGCAGUAUGAUGUCUAGUAUUUUGUUUUAAAAAUCUAUUGUGUUUUUUUUUUCUAUUUUUUAAUUUCUGCAUAAUUUUUUAAAUGAGAAUAUUCUGAAGAUUCUGGAGAAGUACAGAAGGUAAAAAAAUAUCAUUUGUGUUGAAAUUGAUAUCAAAAUACAUAAUAUGUAUCUUAUAUUGAUUCAUGCAUUAUGUUAUGUUAUUUUAGUUUCUUAAAUGUAUAUCGUACAUUAUUAGAUGCUUAUUAAUACUAUUUUAAGAAACUGUUUUGAGUAAGAGAGUAUCAGUUGAGUUAUGGGCUUUUCCAAAAGUCCUUUUCAGCAUAUUUUUUGAGAUUACUGUAGAAAGUGUAUAAAUAUUUACUUAAAUAUUAAAAUAUGUUGUUGAAAAUGAGUUUUUUUCUUCCUCUCUUGAACCGGGGGGGGCAGCUGCCUUA